UACUGCAACAAAUCCAGGCACGUCGUGUAGCAGAAGAAGUCGCUUGUAACGUCAUGUAAUCAUAAGACCACCAAGGUUAUCUCGAAGGUACAGGAGACAAAUAUCAACAUCGUUUGACAGAAGCAGCGUUUUGCCUUAUUUAGGUCGCGAUGAGCGUCCCCUGUUUCCUGUCCGCCGCUGCCCGGAGCUUCAGUUUGCCGUGCCCUACAGCCGGUCUGCUCAGGUACAGGGUGCUGGGCCCCGGUUCUACCAGGAGUAGAAGAAAUAUGUCCUCCAAAAGGCAAAUGGACCACCUAGAGAGAACAGCGAACAACUACAGACAAAAUACUCUGUAUCCAGCUCAGGUAUGUGGAAUCACAAACGAGUCCGAGACAGUAAAAAGACUGAGGAUAGCCGUCCAUCCAGACUUCACCUUCAAAGCAGGGCAGUGGGUGGAUGUCUUUAUCCCUGAUGUGGAGAAAACUGGAGGUUUCUCCAUGUGCUCCAGCCCAGGUUUGCUGCAGAGGGAAGGAGUUGUUGAACUGGCUGUCAAGUACACCAAACACCCACCAGCACACUGGGUCCACACUGUGUGUACAGUGGGCUCCAGAGUGGCCAUGCGUGUCGGUGGGGACUUCUUCUUUGACCCAUCGCCCUCUGACCCCUCUGUGGACUUGCUGCUGGUGGCUGGAGGCGUGGGGAUCAAUCCCUUGUAUUCAAUUCUGCUGCACACAGCAGAUCUGCUGCAUCUCAACCAAGCCUCAGGUGGCCGGGAUUACAACAUUGGCUCCGCCCACCUCUGUUACAGCGCCAGGAACACCCAGGAGCUGCUGUUUAAGAGUUCUAUCACUGAGGUGUGUCAAGAGUUUCCUGAUAAGUUCUCCUGUGACCUCCACGUCACGCAACAGAGCACAGACGUCGACCCACACCUCCUGCCAUUUGUCAACCAUGGGAGAAUCACAGAGGAGGUGUUGCAGAAACAUGUGGACCCACAAAGAACACUGUGUUACUUGUGUGGACCCCCGCCAAUGAUUGAAGCAAUUUCAAAAACCCUCAUGGACCUCGGCCUCCCGAAAGACAGGAUCCUCUUUGAGAAGUGGUGGUAGGGACUUUCUACAAUUCCCAGAAACCAACUCUUCCCUUUUGUUUUCAUCAGAAGGGAAGGUGUACCUCUCGGAGAAUGGAAAGCAAGCGAAAUCUCCCAGUGAUCCAGAGUGCUUGUGUAUAUGAGUACACUCAUCCUCUGAUCCUUUCCACUGCAACCUGUGCCUGAUCUGUGAUAGACCGCUGGGACCGCCCACACUUCAGCUAGCAGCUGACUCACAAAGACGAUAUAAAUUAUUUUUAUUUCCUAUAGUAUAACCUGGAAACCAGGUGAAAUUCCAGUGCCCUCUGCUUGUGUGCACCUUCAGAUCUGUUCACAUUUGCAUACACCUCUGCUGUGAUGCAACCUAAUGAGGUUUUCAGUGGAAAAACUGAUUAGUUAGCAUCACAGUGUUCACCAGAAAGUUUGUAGAUUGCAC